GCUUCUGAUGCUAAGUAUUCCAUCACAGAAAAGAAUAUAUAUAAUAAAAUGAAGAUAGCUUUUGGUUUGUGCUUCAUUCUUCUUGUUUCGAUCGCAUAUGCAUCAGAUCCAGGCCAGCUUCAGGAUUUCUGCGUUGCUGUUCCUGAUUCCGCCUCUGCAGUUUUUGUGAAUGGAAAGUUUUGCAAGAACCCGAACAUGGUGGUCGCGGAUGAUUUCCUUUUCCAGGGUCUAAACAAUGCCGGAAAUACAUCCAAUAACCUCGGAUCAUUCGUGACACCGGUGAACGUCAACCAGCUUGAAGGCCUCAACACUCUGGGCGUUUCCAUGGCCCGCCUCGACUUCGCCCCUUACGGGCUCAACCCGCCCCACACCCAUCCGCGUGCUACUGAGGCCUUUCUUUUGGUGGAAGGCACUCUGUACGUGGGGUUCGUCACUUCCAACCCGGCCGAUCCCACCACCCAGAAGAACAAACUCUUCACCAAGUAUUUGAACCCGGGAGAUGUCUUCGUCUUCCCACAAGGUCUCAUCCAUUUCCAGUUCAAUGUUGGAAAGACCAACGCGGUCGCAUUUGCUGGCUUCGGCAGCCAGAAUCCGGGUACCAUCACCAUUGCCAACGCGGUGUUCGGGUCGGACCCUAAGAUUAACCCGGAUGUGUUGGCCAAGGCUUUCCAGGUUGAGAAGAACAUCAUCGAUUACCUUCAGGCUCAAUUUUGGUACAACAAUAACUAAAAGUUUCACCUAAGAUACACACAAUAUAAGUUGUCUCCUUUUAAUCCAAUAAAUUAUAUACCAGUCUUUACUUGUUACAUUUGCUAGAGUGGGAAAACGUUGUGUUCCGAGUGUUAUAUCUCAUGUGAUAUGGUGUAAGUGCUUGCCUUAAAUAAUGAAUAAAUCUGUCUUUGUAUUCUAUUUCCAUAA